CAAAAAUAAACAGUACAGCAAUAGUAAAUUAUGGUGAUUAUUCUAUUCUGGACAUUCUCCUAAAUUAUUUUCUAUUUAUUCAUCUUGUCUCUGUGUUGGUAUCUGGGUGUUGUUAAACUCAGUAUAUUUCCUUCGGUUUCAUCAGUGUAUUUCUUUCAUUUGUAUUAUCCUCAGGAAUAAGAGCAUAUUUUAAUCCUACCAAUUUAGAGAUAGCAGGUAUUUUAUAAUGACUAGACACGCUAGAAAUUGCACUGCUGGAGCAGUCUACACUUACCACGAAAAGAAAAAAGAUGCCCAGGCUUCAGGCUACGGUACAAAUGUGCAGAGACUGAGUAAAGAUUCCAUAAAAAAUUUCGAUGCAUGCUCUCUAUCAUUGCAGCCUUGUAGAAAUCCUGUUAUAACGAAAGAUGGUUAUUUAUUUGACAAGGAAGUAAUUUUAGAGUAUAUUAUCUCCAAAAAGAAUGAGUACAGCAGGAAACUAAAAGAAUACGACAGGCUAAAAAAGAAAGAAGAUGAAGAACUGGCCAAUAAAAAAGCAAGUGAGAUUGAAGCACAAGUUCAGAAAUUUGUUAAGAGUGAAAGCAACAUUGUUAGUAAACCAAUAGAUGGGUUCAAGACAGAACCUACAACUUCAUCUAUAUCAAACAUGGCAAACGGUAAAGACAAAGUUUUGCCAAGUUUUUGGGUACCAGGGCAAGCACAUAAUACUGAAAAAUCUAAACUUGAAAAACCCGAUCCAACUAUUUACUGUCCUGUAUCUGGUAAACCUAUGAAAGUAAAAGAUUUAGUUGGCGUAAAAUUUACACCAGUUAAAGAGGACAGCAAAAAAUCAAUUCAUAUACAGGAAAAUAGAUACAUGUGUGCAGUAACCCAUGAUAUUUUAAGUAAUUCUGUACCUUGCGCUGUACUUAGACCAACGGGAGAUGUAGUUACAUUAGAAUGUUUGGAAAAAUUAAUAAAGAAAGAUAUGAUUCAUCCAUUGACUAACAAAAAAUUGCAAGAAAAGGAUAUUAUAAUCAUGCAAAGGGGUGGGACUGGAUAUUCUUCAACAAAUGAACAACUGAAAGCCAAAAAAGAAAGACCAGCAUUGCAAGCAUAAUCAUAUAUAAGCAUAACUACACAUUAUAUAUGUUUUUUACUUAAUUUGUAUUUACAUAUAUUUUCUUAGAUUAGAAAUUGUUCUGACACUUUUUUAUAAGUUCUGCAAGAAAGAAAAUAAAUUAUUUAUUUCAUCAUCCUG